AUGGUGGGAAGUGAAGCAAUAGAGGCGGAUCUGAAAUCCCAACCGUCCAUCAACGGCCAAGAAACGGCCGCAAAGCAUCAAGAAAGUGGAGCAAAUGGGGGCAGCCGCCGCCUCCAGGACGAGGAGUUUGACAGAUAUUCUCGUCAGAUGAUCGUUCCUGGAAUGGGCAAAGAGGGUCAACUCCGCCUCAUCAACUCACGAGUGCUCAUAAUCGGAGCCGGUGGGCUUGGCUGCCCGGCCGCUCAAUAUAUCGCCGGCGCGGGGAUAGGGACCAUCGGUAUUGUUGAUGGCGAUGUGGCCGAGGCCUCGAAUCUUCACCGUCAAGUUGGCCACAGCACCGCCCGCAUCGGUAUGAAGAAAGUCAACAGUCUAAUCCAACACCUCGAGGGCUUGAACCCCCUCCCUACUUACGUCCCUUAUCCCUACCAGCUUACUCCCCAAAACGCCGCCGACAUUAUCUCACAGUAUGAUCUCGUCAUGGACUGCACCGACAACCCCAUAACUCGAUAUUUAAUAUCCGAUAUCUGCGUGCUUCUCGGCAAGCCUCUCGUCUCCGCCGCAGCGGUCCAGAAGUCCGGCCAGCUCAUCGUACUGAACUGCCCCCCGACACCUCAGGGCCUAGUCGACGGCAAGUACGCCCCCUGCUACAGGUGUUGCUUCCGAAAGCCGCCGCCACCUAGUUCCAUGGUAUCCUGCGGCGAAGCCGGAAUCAUGGGCCCGGUAGUUGGCAUGAUGGGCGUGGCCCAAGCAGGCGAAGCCAUCAAGAUCCUCGCGUCCGCACUACACAUCCCGCCCGAGGCGGACACGGACAACACCAACACCCCAGAACGAAACCUCCAACAACCAACUCUGCUCAUCUACACAUACGACCUCGACAGCGCCGUCGGCCCGUAUUCCUUCCGCGCGCUCAAGAUGGGCGGGCGCAAGCGGAAUUGUUUUGCGUGCGGCGAGAACUCGACGCUGACGCUGGAGGGCAUCAAGGCCGGCGUUCCCGACUACGUGCAGUUCUGCAGCGUGCCGACGUCGAGCGUCAAUCUCCCGCCGGAAGAGCGCAUCACCGCGGCCGCGUACCACCUGGCGAAGGAAAGCGGCGAACUAUCGGAGCAUAUCCUCAUCGAUACGCGGGAGAAGGAGCACUUCUCGUUUGGGAGCAUCGAGGGCGCGGUGAAUACCCCGUUUUCGAAGUUCUUGAUGAAAGCGGCCGCGAUCAAGCGGGAUGGAAGCCCGGCCAGUGAGAUCCUGCCGGCAGAAUCAGGGGAGUCAGAUAAACCGAUUUUUGUGGUCUGUCGGACCGGGAUCGAUUCGCAGGAGGCGGUGGAGAAGCUGAAAGAGCUUGGGUUGGACAACAGAGGCAAGAGGAGGAUCGUGGAUAUUAUGGGGGGUAUGAAGGCUUGGAAGGAGGAGGUCGAUCCUGCGUUUCCGUAUAUAUGA